GCGGGCCCCGCCAUGGCGCUGCGGUGAUGCGCGGCGGGGCCGGCCCGGGGGCAACGGGGCCGAGGGCAACCGGGAGCCCCAUGCAGGGGCCGCCGCCAUGGGGCAGGUCCUGGGCUUCGCCCACUGCAAAGAGGCUCCGUCCACAGCCUCCACCACACCGGACUCCAUGGAGGGCGGCAACGAGGAGUCGGAUUUCCCCGAGCUGCAGGCGGCACCGGAGCCCCCCGAGGAGGAAGAAGAGGACGAGGAUGAAGAUGGGGAGGCGGCGGAGGGAUCCAGGGGAUCCCCCUGGGAACUCACCUUCUCCUACAUCGCUUUUAGAGGGGAGGGUCCCCACAACGAGCCGGGACCUCGCUGUCGCCGAGACUUCCGUCGGGGACGCCCCCCACGCCUGAGCUCGAGGCCCCCCGGGGGGUCUCCCCGGGGGCAGGACCCCCGCUUGGCUGCCAGGGCCCCCUCCAAGCGUCCUGAGGAGCCCCCAACCCCUCUCGAGGGACAGCUGGAGGUGGGGGAGUCCCCACCAGAGUUGGGGAGUCCUGAGACCGAGGAGCCCCCAAUAAGCUUGGCAGCAGCGCCCACGGAGCCGCCGACCCUCCCCGCCCCGCCGGCACGGGUCAUCCCGCUCCCGGCUCCCUCUGCACCACCCCCCGACCCUCCCCUAACCCCGGACACCCCCCCAGCGCCCCCCGACCAACCACUGAGCCCGCCGGGAGCCGAUGUCCUGGUGUGGGAGCUGCUGUUGUGGCGGGCGCCGGGACGCUCGGCGCUGGCGCUGGUGGGGACAUUGGGCACCUUGGGGUGCCUGGCGCGGUUCAGCGCCAUCAGCGUGGGCGCCUACGGGGCUCUGGCCGUGCUGGGGGUCACUCUGCCCCUGCGCCUGCACCGCACCGCGCUGCGGGUCCUGCGCCGGCACCCACCUGAGCAACCCUGCGCGGCACAGCUGGGGGGUGACGUGGGGCUGAGCCCCGAGGCGCAGCAGCGCUGGGCCCGGCGCCUGGCCCAGCACCUCAUCGCCGCCACCCGCACCCUCACUCGCCUCUUCCUUGUCCACAGCAUCCCCGAGUCCCUCAAGUUUGCCUUCUUGUUCUACCUGCUGACCUACGUGGGGGCUGUCUGCAAUGGGCUGACGCUGCUGGGAGCAGGCGUCAUCUGUGCGUUCACCUUCCCUGUGCUCUACCGGCACAACCAGGCUCAGAUCGAUCGGUAUGUGAGUCUGGUGAGGAACCACCUUAGUCACCUCCGUGCCAGGAUCCAGGCUAAGCUCCCAAGUGCCAAAGCGAAGCCACAGUGACCCUCCAGUUCCCCCCCUCCCUGAGGUGACAGCUCAGGGAGGGGGCGGUGGUCAGGGUCCCCCCAUGUUCCUCUCACCCCGCAGGGGGUAGGACUGUCGCUCGGGGGAGGCAGGGGUCGUGUCUUUCCU